UAUUAUUUACUAUCCGAAUUAUGUUCCAAAACAUGUCUGAAGAGAGACAAAGACCAGCAUCCAAACGCCGAUCCUUUACCAAAGCACAAGUUAUGAAGAAAGGCAAGGAAUUGAGCCCUAAAAGCCGUAGAAAUACCCAGUCUCCAAAAUUAAGCCAGUUUCUUGCCAAAAAGAUGACUUUGAAACAAAAGAUGGACUAUUUCUACCAUCCAUAUUCCACUAAGAAGCUUUCCUGGGACGAUGUGAAGCAAAAAUAGCCAGGAUAACUGGAAUUUGAUAUCUCAAUUCGUGCUCAAUAAACCUACUGAAUACUUAAAGUCGGUAUUUCAGAAGAAGAGGACGGAUCUGACGAAGCAGAUUUCAAGUGUAACAAAGGACACAGAGAAAAUUAGCGUGAAUCAGCUCAGAUCCUCAGUCACUGCGAGUAACCUGAGUUUAGGGUCGCCUAAAAAUCAAGAUAGGACAUCUGGAUAUGAGACUUGAAGCCUUCUCAGACUCCUUCCUAAUGCUGAAAGAAGAAUAUUUAACAAGAGAGACCCCAGAGAUAAUGACACCCAAAGAGUAGAGACUUAAUCGAGUGAAAAGCUAUGAGAAUAACUGAAGAGAUUGUCUUCCGAGUCCAAGCUACCAAAGGAAUCCUCCAGAAACAUGAUAAAGGGCUUUCUUUGGAUCCUUACAUCAAAACGAAGAGCAAAUCUCUCUGAGAUCAAGUUCCUCCCGCCUCAGAUCCGCAAUGAAGCUCAGGAAGAGCUUAAAACAAGCUCUUUGUUUUCAUAUUUCGUGAUCUUC